CCCCUCCCCGCGCAGGUCCCGACUCCGCCGCACCUCCUCCGGCUCUGCAGUGGCGGCGGGGAGGCGAGUCGGAGCGCCAGCGGGAUCGGGAGCCGGAGCCGAGCCGGGGUCGGGGCAGCAGCGGGGACCCUCGGAGGCGGGGCCAGUGGGACCGCGAUGGGCGUGGAGAUCGAGACCAUCUCCCCGGGAGACGGAAGGACAUUCCCCAAGAAGGGCCAGACGUGUGUGGUGCACUACACAGGAAUGCUCCAAAAUGGAAAGAAAUUUGAUUCAUCCAGAGACAGAAACAAACCUUUCAAGUUCAGAAUCGGCAAACAAGAAGUCAUCAAGGGUUUUGAAGAGGGUGCAGCCCAGCUGGGUCCUCUUUCUCCUCUCCCCAUCUGCCCCCAUCCCUGCUAGAUGAGCUUGGGGCAGAGGGCGAAGCUGACCUGCACCCCUGAUGUAGCGUAUGGAGCCACUGGCCACCCCGGUGUCAUCCCUCCCAAUGCCACCCUCAUCUUUGACGUGGAGCUGCUCAACUUAGAGUGAAGGCAGGAACUUAAGGUGGCUGGAGAUGGCUGCUGCUCACCCUCCUAGCCUGCUCUGCCACUGGGACGGCCCCUCCUGCUUGGGGCUCUUGAUCAGUGUGCUAACCUCGCUGCCCUGCAACAUUAUCCAUUCUCUCUGCCCAAGUUGCUCUGUAUGUGUUGGUCAUUGUUCACGCGCAUCUUUGCUUGAGGAAACUUCGGCUGCAGAUCAAAACAUUGCAGGCAGUACAUUUUGCGUGGUGCAUGUAACAGCCAUUCCUGAGAACAGAACACAGAUUCCUUGUUUGCACAAUCUACACUGCCUUACCCUCACUUAAGCCAGACACACAAGGUGCUCAGACACGAGAUGUACAUGGCGUACACAGAGGGACUUGAGCCAGUUACCUUUGCUGUCACUUUCUCUCUUAAAAAUUGUUGGCUGCUGACUUACAAACUGUCCUCUUUGGAAAUGACAUGUAAAAUAAAGGCUCUGUGCUUGACAAAUUCCUGUCCAUCCUUAUUGUAGAUAGGAAGUACUUGAAGGACCACAUAAGCCAGUCGCCCUUGGGAAAAUAGUGGAAAGGAGCCUUCCAAGUCGCCAGGAGAGAGAAUAAAUAUAAUAAUUACAAUGUGAGCACUAUACAUGCUGAGCCUUGUUCUGUAUAUUUUA